AUGCUAUGCCGGAAGCGCAAGUGGAGCGGCACUAUACUUAGGCGCGGAUCACCCGGCGGGGUUUUCUUCGAUAUCAAUGCCAACGGCGUACCGCUUGGUCGGAUUGUUAUGGAGCUGCGCAGCGACGCCAUUCCUCAAACUGCUGAGAACUCCCGUGCUCUCUGCACUGGCGAGAAGGGUUUCGGCUACGCUCGCAGUAAAAUCCUUCGUGUCAUCCCCAACUUUAUGCUACAGGGUGGUGACUUCAUCCGCGGCAACGGUACUAGUGGCAAGUCCAUCUACGGCGAGAAGUUCCCCGAUGAGAACUUCACUCUGAAGCACACAGGGCCCGGUAUCCUGCCUAUGGCUAACGCCGGGCUUAACACCAACGGUUCAUACUUCUCUAUCUACACCUUAAAGGCUGGGUGGUUAGAUGGCAAACAUGUCGUCUUCGGGAGCGUUCUUGAAGGCAUGGACGUUGUCCAGUCUAUCGAGAAGCUUGGAACCCCGAGCGGAACUAUCAAAAAACUUAUUUUCAGUGAGAAAUGUGGCCAACAUCGAAAUUGA